UUAUGGGUCCCAAAAAGAAUAUGUGUGUGUUUCGUGGUGCAGCGAAAAACUAUAUAGAAUCAAACUUUGCAUUGUCUUUGCAAGUAGACAACAAUUGUAAAAAUGGGCAUAUUCUGUUUGUAUUUGUUAGCAAUAAUGAAUCACAUCAAUUAACUAUUGAGCAGGUUAAUAAACUUUAUGGCUUCAAUAUUUGUUACAGUCAUACUAAACUUCUUGUUAAUGUAUCAAAAAAAUGGGCUUGCAAUUUUUUAAGAGAUUCAAAACAUUUUGUUGACUUCUGCAACGAGCCUUUUAUUUGUCAAGCAGCAACAUUUCCAGCAACAGAUUCAUUUCAGUCAAGUCCAAGUUCAAGUAAAACUGUUUCGUAUUUGUCAGUUGCCUCAUCUCCUAAACAUAAAAGUAUUUUGUCUUCACCUAAUAAAAAAAGUCCUUUGUUAUCCAGGUUAAGAGCUGACCAGUUGACUCCUCAAAAAAACUCCUCAAACAUAGAUUAAGUGUUUUUGCUACUGAAAUUGCUACUGAAAAACGAAAGCAUAGAGAGGAUGUAAAGGUGUUAAAAGAAAAAAUUAAAACAAGGCCAAGAUUUAAACAUCUCAAUGAGACUAUUGCUCGCAAAGAAAAGACAAUUCGAAGUUUGCGGAAUAAAUUAAAAGUUCAACGUCUAAACUUACAGCUGAAUAAGCUUCAAAUUUCAAAUUUUCGUUUGAAAAAAGAACUGCAAUUCACCCAAACAAAGCUGUCUAAUGAAGAAGUUAUCUUACGUCAACAACUUGCUGACAAGAAUGUAGAGAUUAAUGUCCUGCAAAAUGAUAUGCUUAUUUUACAGGAAAAGAUAGAGCAAAUGCAGCAGAAAGUACAAAGCACCAGAUGUAAAAAAGUCUACUCAUCUGAUAUUAGGGCACUUAUCUAUGACAUGCUAGCAUGUCAAGUUCCUACACACAGUGUGCCCCAACUUCUUCAUAAAGUAGGAGAACACUUUGGGUAUAGAUUUAGUGACAUUCCACAUCGCAAAACUGUGGAGCAGAUGAUGCGCGAGCUGGGUAUUAUUUCAGAACUCCAGGCUGCUGAGAUAGCAUUCUCAACAAAAAAUUUGACUCUUGGUUUUGAUGCCACAACCCAGGAGGGUGUUCAUGUCAAUGUUGUGCACUUAACAAAUGAAUCUUCGUGCAUGGUUGUAGCCAUUGACCAGCUUGCUGGUGGUACAUCUUAUGACUAUAUGAGCCAUAUUACAAAGUCUGUGGAUAAUCUUGCUAAGUUGUAUAGUGACUUUUACCGGAAACAAUAUACUGAUGUACGAAGCACGAUUAUCAGCAACAUAACAAACACAAUGAGUGACAGAGUGGCAGUGAACCAUGCAACUAUAACAAAGUUAAACACUUUUUGGCAAAAAUCUCUAAAUGAACUGAACUGUCACCUUCACCCAUUGGAUACAAUUACUUCUGCUUGCAAGUCAUCGCUUAAAGCUUUGGAAUCUUCAAAAGGGAAACUUUUUGGUAGAGAUUGUUUUGCAGCAAACAUUGUAGUUCAGUUAAAUAAACUUCGUUACAAGGAUGGUAAAGGUGAUCCAAAAGGCUUUGUCGCCUUUUUGGACAAGCAUGGUCUUCCUAGAGGACUUAUACCACGCUAUAGGGGAAAUCGAUUGCACAUACUUUUUCAUACAUGUGGAACUUUAAUACAUCACUACCAGAAACUUCAGAGUUUUCUGUUUUCUGGAGUAGUGUUAUGUGGAGGACUGAGAAAUAGUCUUUUCCAAGACUUCACAUCUGAUACAGGUAUACGCGAGAUGUGUGCCCUAGGUUUAAUUGGAAAGUUAGUGACUGGUCCCUGGAUGAAAAAAUUCUAUGUGGCGCCAGGACAAGGACUUGACUAUUUGUCUGGCAUCCAAGUGAUCAAAAAUGUUUGCAAUGCACUUGUUGAAAGCAGCGCAGAAGCUCUUUCCCUUAUUCACCGAAAAACAGAUUUUUUUGGAGGUGAUCUCAAUGAUCCAGUUUUUCAAUCACUCAUAGGCUUUUGCCCAAGGACUGAUGAAAUGAGAGAUGCAUUAGCCAGCUGUCUAAAUGCUGUCAUUAGUGUUAUUAACCGUCAGUAUGAGCGACAGUUUACUAUGACUUUAACUGACCAACUCAAGUCCCAGACAUUAUCAGCACGUCCACAUAAUAUUGACUGUGAAGAACUUGUGGGUAUGUUUAGUGCUGCAAAGCAAAAAGCUCCUAAUGCCACACUUUGUUAUUUGUCUUCGAAAAUUCGCGCAUGCAAGAAUAAGACAGCUGAUUUUCUUUCUGAAAAACCUACUGAUAUACGAAAUAAAUUGAUAGCCUGGUCUAUUUCUUCAGCCGGUAAAAAGCGCUUAGCAACGUAAACUAAACAGCACAAAUAUUAAAGGAAAAUCGCAGAUUAUUUUUUGAGGAUAAAGACGUUUCUUACACUGGAGUACCAUUCAUUGUUUCAUCAAAUGGUACACUUGACUGACAUCAUGGCAAGGAUAAAAUAGUAAAGCUAAAGCUCUGUACAAAAUUAAAAAAAAUACAGAAGCAAGUUCAGAUCAUUCUUUCAAAAUAAAAAGAAUGAUUCCACAAAUUACCAAGAAAUUUGAUUGUCCCGCCAAAAUUUUUAUCAAAGAAAUUAUUGAAUUUCCUGAGUUUAAGCUGGAUCGAGAUUCUACCAGGAUCAGGAAAGAAGUUUCAAAAAAAUUACGUUCAGCUUUGAUUUUAAAACAAACAGUUUUAAUGUGCAGAAAAUAUAUUUUGGUAAUUCCUGCAAUAUCUGCUCAUAGUAACCAUCUAAUUAGUGAUGCCGCAGGUCUUAAUCAACCUUUAUGUGAAGAACUUAUUUUAAAAAUUGGUGAGUUGGCCAGAACGGGUGUCAGUUCUGUUACUGAAAUGAGACGUCAUCUAAAGACCUUUCUUCAGAUGGAAUUUAAUUCUAAUAACAUGCUGCAGAAGACAAACAAACAAUUUUUUCCAAGUGAUAAGACCAUUGCAAAUCACAUGUUGAUAGCUAGACAAAAACUUCGCAAGUCCAUGAUAGAUCAAGAAUGUCUUUAGGAAAAAAUAAAUGAUUGGAAAAUUAAUUUUCAAGAUACAAUGAUAAAAUUUAGACCAAAGGGAGGUAAUUUAGAAGAUAAUGAUCUUAUUUUUUGUUGUUUGUAUAUCAAGAUAUAUGGCAAAGAAGAUUACUAUUAAGAUAUGGGAAUGAGCUUGCUUUUCUUGAUGCUACAUACCGAACAACCAGAUAUGCACUACCUCUUUUUUUCCUCGUCGUUAAAACUAACAUAAAUUACCAAAUUGUUGCUAUAUUUGUGUGUGAACAUGAAACCACCAAAUCUAUUAAAGAAUCACUUAUGUGCAUCAAAGAAUGGAAUCCUUUAUUUCAACCAAAGUUUUUUAUUACUGAUUAUUCUAAUGAAGAAAUAAAUUCACUUGAAUCAGUGUUUUCAGGUUCUACAGUGUUAUUUGUGAUUUUCAUCGAGAACAAGCUUGGGAACGAUGGCUGUCUAAAACUGCUAAUGGAUGUUGCAUGGUGAAAGAUGUAGUUAAAGAUAAGCUUCGUGAAAUUGCACAUGCAAAAACAAUUGAGACUUGCCAAAAAGCUGUUGAGGCAUUGGAGGAAUCAAAAGAGUGGCAAAACAACCCAAAACUUGUAGAAUAUUUGAAAAGCACUUGGCUAUGCAUUCAAAAGCGCUGGGUUGUUGCAUAUAGGAAAGAUCGUAUCUUGUUGGAUGUCAACACCAACAAUGGAACUGAAAGACAGAACCUAUCUUUCAAAUACAGUUUUUUUAGAAAAAAGAAAGAAUUCUUCUCUAACAACUAUGCUUAGUAUUUGCAUAGAAGAAUUUCUUCCUCACAAAUACGACAAUUAUUGUGAUGAAAAUAGAAGAGCACAUUCCUCAUAUAGAAAAUAUGAUGAUAAAGUUCCAGCAUAUUUGAUUGAUCGUCCAAUAUCAUUAGUCAAACAUUGUAUGGCAUUGAUUGAAAAAUUACAAGGUGUGGAUUUGCGGGGCAUAACUGCUGUGACAUACAAACUAUACAAUGUAGCUUCUUUUAAUUCAAAUAGUAGAGAGAUUUACCAAUGCUACCUUGGUGAUUCUGAAUGUCUGCCAGCUUGUUCUUGUCCUAGUUGGUUUCGUACCUCAUAUCCAUGUAAACACUUUCUUGCCAUUUUUCUAAAAGAGAAUCUCUCUUAGUCUGCAUUUGGCACUGCAUAUGCAAAUUCUCCUUAUUUCAAGCUGGAUUUAUUUUCAGAAGAAAAUAGUUUAGCUCAUUCCAAUAAGGUUUCAUUAUAUAAUAUUCAAUAAGAACAUGUUGAACCGCUACACAUAUCCUCUCUUAUUAAACAGAGUGACAAGGAAGUUCAAAAUUUUAAUUAUGUGCAUGUAAAUAGUAAUCAGGGUUUGAUUGCUAUAAACUACAGUAAUCAUACCUCUGCAAGCUGUUGUGAGCUCUUAAAUGAAAUUAAACAAAUGAGUUACUUUGUGACUCUCAACAAGCUACUGAUAAUUUGUUUGAAGGGCUUUGUCAAUUUAAAACACGUUUAGCAGAAAGUCUUCCAGUAGAACAAGGAAUUCUGCUGCGUCCAGAGAUUCAACCUGAUACUUGGAAUAAGUCACACACAAAUUCACCAAAACUUAGUCUUCUCCCUGUGCGGCGUAAAAGAAAAAUGACUAAGUGUGUUGGUGUUAAAUAUGACAAAUAUAAAGCAGCUGCUGAUAUUAGUGUGAUGGCUGAAAAGGAAAGUUAUAGUUCUGAAAUUGUCACAAGUCACUCAAUUGAUGAAAACUAUGAAAUUUUUAUGGUUCCUAAUGAAUCAAUUGAUAUCAUGGAACAUUUAACUGAUGAUAGUAACAACUCUGUUGAUAUGACUGUAAAUGAAGAUGUUAAACAAGAUAAAAUAGUGCUGCAAAUUCAAAGUCUUAAAUCAUCUUUGAUUGGUCAUAAAGAACAAAAUGAUAUCAUAAAAAGACAAAUGCUUAAUGAUAACGUAAUUCACUUUUGUCAGCAACUUUUGGCAAUCCAGUUAAAUAUUGAUGUUGGACAGCAAGAUCCCAUUAAAGGACAAAUUUUAUCUUUUGAUAUCUAUACAAGUACUCCAUUUGUCCAAAUUCUUCAUGAUGGAAAUCUUCACUGGUUAUGUGUAACCACAUAUGACUGUAAACCAGGGGAGAUAUAUGUUUUUGACAGCCUUUUCCACGGUACAAUCAAAAAAGACAAAAAGGCAAAUUUGCAAUAUUUUGCAUUGUCAAGAAAAAAAUCUUGUUUUUAAAGUUUUGCCAGUUCAACAGCAAACGAAUGGUGUGGAUUGUGGUAUUUAUGCUAUUGCCUGGGCUCGUCAGAUUCUUGAAACAAAAAGUUUACCAUCAACAAAUCUAAUGUUUGAGGAAAGUGAAAUUAGAAGUCAUCUCCUAAAAUGUAUAUCAAAUAACCAGAUAGAGAUAUUCCCAGCAACUAAAAAUCCUUUUUCCUUUAGAAGAUGUGCUGCUAAGACUUUUUGUGUUCCUCUGCAUUGCUCUUGUCGUAUGUUUUGGGUGCCUGGAGACGAAGACAUAUAUAACAGGUAUGUUGGCACAUAUGAAUAAGUUAACAACAAAAUAUUUAUAACUGCAAUACCUUAUUUGGCAAAUGAUACAAUGCUGUGCUUGUAGUAGAUGGUUUUAUUGUGAAUGCGAAAAAAUUCCACUAAGUGCCUAUGAGCAGGAAGAUGAAAUUUGGAACUGUUAUGAUUGCCACAACCAGUCAAAUAAAUAAUAAUAAAACAAUAAUACUGUUAUACAGCACAGGUAUAUAAUUUUUAAUAUUACGGACUGUUAAUGUCGAACAGUCAUAAUUACUUGCGUAACAUCCAAAUAAACAAUAUUAAAAAAAAAUGAUUUUAGUUUAGGUUGAUAAUAUUUAAUUUAUGCAGACUAUACUUGAUUUAAUGUAAAACUUUUAUGUUGGGAGGUCAAUAACAUUAACUGACCAUAAACAUUACAUGUAGUAUUAUGUUACUUUAUAUAAAUUUUAUUUUAUUAUAAUGCACGUACUCCACACAACAACCUUGCUUUGCAAAAUGCCUAGAAAAUACAAUUCUUAAAAUAAUUUGCCAUAAAGUAAUACCACUGAUGGCAUUGUACUGAAAAUCCAUGCCAAAAUUUUAUAAUAGGUAUCAUUUCAAAAUAGUGGUGGCCUCCAUGUUAGCUUAAUGAUUGGUAUUCUUGCAAAAGAAUUAAACGGCAUGUCAUUAAAAAGAAAAUGAAGAUAUCGAGCAUGAUUUCUUUUCGUAAACUUGAGACAUAUUUUAUUAACAUAUAAUUAUAAUGUAUAUAUAUAUAUAUAUAUAUAUAUAUAUAUAUAUAUAUAUAUAUAUAUAUAUAUAUAUAUAUAUAUAUAUAUAUAUAACGUAGUUCAAUGGCGUAGUAAGAAAUGCUUUCUUUUCUUUAUAAUGUCGCGACUUUAAAAAAGGCUAUAAAAAAUUAGUUUUCCUGCUUAUUUAACAGUUAGUUGUUAUUAUGUACUAAAUGUCUAAAUUUAUAGCCGUAGGAAUUUCACGCUUUGCUUUAUAUAAUUGUCAUUGAUAUAAUUGGAAAGCAUUUAUAGAACCUGCUAAUAAUUUAGAACUACAUCACAAUUGUAGAUAUUGCUUAAGUUGUCUCUUGUUGAUUAUGAUAAAAAAUUAUUAGGUAACAUACAAAGUAUUAUUGCAAUAAUCCAUUUUAUUUAAUUUUCAUUUUACUUAUAGUGAUACCUAUGGAUUUAUAGUGUUUAUGUCUAUUAUAGACGUAGACGUUUAUACUUUAAAUAGCAUGUAUUUUUUAAUUAUAGCACAUAUAUACGGCUAUUCUUAUACAGGUAUAAACUGCCCUAAUUGUUA